GUUGUUCGGUGGGACGGAAGUUGGUAUUGGGAUAAGAGUUACACCUUGCAGCUGCAGAUGUGCUCUUUAAAACAAUUCAUAGGAGUCGGCAGCUAAGCUGAACAUUUGAUGAAAAUGUUUAUUAUGCAUUCAGACGGGUCUUAGGCUUUUUAAAAACAGGCUGCCGUCUCUCUAAGAACAAAGGCUCAUUGAGUCUUAUUAGCGGCAUCGGCUAACAAAUGAAUACAUGGAAAUCUCAGGCUAACCGAAACCAAUUAAUGCUGUCACCAUGCCGUCUUACGAAGAAUGGAGAAAAACCAUUAACUUCUAUUAUUUCGUUAAGUUCUCUCUAAAUGUCUAUUCAAUGCUGUUCUCGUUGCUCGGUCUGUGUGUGCUCUGUAUCGGAGUGUAUGCAGAAGUGGAGAGGCAGAAGAAUCGCACCCUGGAGGGGGUGUUUUUGGCUCCUGCUGUGGUCCUCAUACUGCUGGGUCUCGUCAUGUUCACUGUGUCUGUGAUGGGUAUGGUGGGAUCUCUCAGGGACAACAAGACUCUGCUGCACAUGUUCCUGUGUGUGCUGUGUGUUCUGCUGGCUCUCCAGGCUCUUGCCCUCAUCAUUGCCCUGAUCUUUGAAAAGACGACAAUCAAAUUGUUUCAGAACAGUAUACGAGAAGGAAUCAAGCACUACUAUGAUGACCUGGACUUCAAAAACAUAUUGGACUACGUGCAAGAGAAGUUUUCUUGUUGUGGAGGAGAUGAGUACAAGGAUUGGGAAGUAAACCAGUACCACUUCUGCAAUGGCACGAGUCCUUUGGCCUGCGGUGUUCCCUACACCUGCUGCAUCCGUCAAAGUGUUGGAGAAGUUGUGAACACACUCUGCGGCUACAAAACUCUCACCAAGCAGCGUGAAACUUUAGAUGGCAUAAUUCAUGCGCGUGGCUGUAUCCAUGCUGUGAACCUGUGGAUGGGGGACAACAUUGGAGCUACUAUUGGAAUUUGCUGUGCGGUUGGACUACCCCAGCUUCUUGGUAUUCUCCUGAGCUGUGCCUUCUGGAAUCUUUUGGUGGAGAUGAGUGAGUCUGAAGACAUGGUGGACUUUAAGUUCCUGAAACGUGCUGGUUUCAAGUACAGCGAACUGGACCUCUCGGGUGCUGGAUGGUGUAUGUGUCUACCUCGUGACGGAGGCUACCUUCCUGUUCCUGUAGCAGAGCCUGACACCUGGGCUCCAGACCCCAUCCCUUUUGACCUGGAACGAGAACAGCCCAAAAAAUCCUUUCCACAUUCAUACCUGAAGAGCCAAAUAGCAGAGUCAGGUAUGGGAAUGGAUGAAGUGGACAAUCGAGCUUAAGAACCACAAAGAAAAAGAGGCUGCGUCUUUCAUUUUUAUUUAAUUGUGAUUUUUAUAUAAAAAGUUCACACUGUGUGUUAAGAUAAAGUGAGUUAGUUGCACUACAUGUUGGUAAAAAUGUUUUUUUUAGGCAUGAAAAAAGGAGAGGUUUGUAUAAAACGUUUGAUAAUAGAUGGAAUCAAGGUCGGAGACCUUUUAAGAACAUAUCACUUCAAAUGCUGUUUACAUACUCCAUUGUUUUUCACCAUUUUAGUUCGUUCUGUGUCUUAUGGGAUUAGUUUGUAAGGUGCAUGAAAGACCACUCUGCAAGGACUCUAUGAAUUAAUUGUUGGCAAUCAAUGUUUUUUAAUUUUUUUUUUAAUUUAGGCUUAUAUUACGAUGACUUCAGGGAAAUUGGUAGCUUUGGAUUUCGUCAAAGAUUAUCAAUGUUGUGACUGGCAGAUGAAGCUGGGCGUUCAUCUCUAGUAGAUGCAUUGUUUCUACAAACUUUUAUAUGCACAUUUUAAUUGUUUUUACAUUACACUAUUGUCAUGAGCCCAACUUUCCAAGAAAAAAGGAACAUUUGGGAUUAUUAUGGAUCUGCUUUCUCUUUUAAAAAGCAUGAGGUUUGUGUAAUGCUGACAUUCUUUCUUAAUCGGUAGUGAAAUUAUUUAUUAAAGUGUUGCCUUAAGUACAACAGAAGCUUUUUCCCUGAGUACCUCAGGCUAUUUUACAAUAGCCACAUUAAUUUGCAGGUAAUUUGUAGGUAGGAUUUUUUUAAAUGAAGGGAGUCCUGGCCUUGACCACUACUUGAAGUUUCAUUUGUCUUUAAGUAAUGUUCAUAAUUAACUUUUAAAUGUGUAGUUCAAGUUUCAUCUUUAUUACUGUUUGGGAAGAUUGAAAAAAAAAAAAACCUUUAGCUUGAAUGUUGUCAUAAUUACAACUGUCUGCCAUUAAUGUAUAAAACCUGCCUUUUAGUUGUCAGUAGUCAUUUUGAAAUACC